UAAUAGACUCCGAUCCCACGGUUUUCUGUGGUCCUCAUACCACCCAAGAGCCUUCCAUUCUCGCUUUAAUCAGUGUAUUUCGUACCCCUGUACUAGUUCCCCACCUGCUGACUUACAGAAGCGGGACCAUUACGUCUGCCCCUCCACUCCCGGAACACGCACGACGUGAGCGGGCCACUACCCCGCGAGGACGCUUUCCCAAACCCGGGGCUGUCCUGGUCAUUACUGGUACAAUGGCUACAGAGGUUGCCGGCGGGGUCAGCACAGACGAAGGUCAGGGCCAGAGAAGUAAAACGAAGAGCCCCGCACUCGCACGUUCCUGGUACUUACUCCACAUCCGGGGCUCUCAUCCGGGGCCCUCACCCAGGGGGCCCUCAUCCAGGGCCCACCUUCCGCCCACGGCCACGGGACUCCGCCUCCGGAAGUGCCACUGAGAAGCGCCGGCCUCCAAGCGGUCUAGAGCGACCCCGGAAAGCCCAGGGCUGCCCCUAGAGCGAGGGUGUCCGCGACGGGACGGCCGCUCGGCCUGCCCCUCCUUUCGGUGAUGAUCGUUGUCCUCCAGAACAGGGAUGGAGGAAAUACCAGCCCAGGAAGCAGCAGGAUCAGCAGUUGUCCAGUUUCAGUCUUUGGGGAGCCAGCCUGAGGGUCUGUCCCCAGAGCCUCAGUUCGCGCAGGACACCGACAUGGAACAGGAACUCAACGGGGCUCCACCUGUUCCCCAGGUGCCUGCUCUUCCCCAUGAGGGAAGCCCAGGAGACCAGGCAGCCACGCUCCUGCCAGCCAGGUACCAGGAGUUUGUGACAUUCGAGGAUGUGGCUGUGCACCUUACUCGAGAGGAAUGGGGAUGCCUGGACCCUGUUCAGAGGAAUCUCUACAGAGAAGUGAUGUUAGAGAAUUAUGGGAACGUGGUCUCAGUGGGCAUACUUCUCCGCCUUCCUACCACCCGGAUUCAUAGUGUGAAUUCCUGCCCGGCCCUGAGUCAUACCCAGGCAAGUGCUUUCUCUGGAGAAACACUUGCAGUUCUUUCAGCAGGAAUCUCCAAGAGAUGGCCCAGGUAUCGGCUUCCCAUCGAUAUUGCUCGGCCCCGCUCGGAAACUCCUUUUCCACGAUUGUAAGAUAUUAACACUUGAUCGAUGCUCUCAGGAUGCCAUCACUAUGUAAAAUUGCAGCUCCUCAGAUGACCUUUGUUAAAUUUCUGAAGGGCCGAGGAGGCCCUCCGUUGCAGCCAGAUGCAUUUUGAACCUGAGUUAUGAGUUCAUUCGUAAGCCACGGUUGGUGGUCAUCUAUUUGUGUUCUGUGAAACCACAAAGUUCAACUCCAGCUCUUCAGUUAUGAUCUUUUCAUGUUAUUUUAGAAUGUGGGACAUAUGCUGUGCACUGUUCUUUUCUGAGUGAACGUGACCCUGCCAUUUCUGUUGCCUAAUUUUCCUGCAACCCCUGGCCUUUCCUCAUAUUUAACACUCUAGUCUUCUCCUUUAUGUCCCUGUGGCCCCUUCCAAGGCCCUGCCUUUGUCUCCUUUACUCUUUGUGGUGCUAUACAGAUUGACGCAUUUAUAUGACUUUUCCGGAUCAAGUUUUCCUUAGCUCUGUCCUUCACGGAUGGGAGAUGGGAGGGCAAAAGAAUUGAAUUUCCUUAUUUCAGGGUAUUAAACUGAAUGUAUAUUUAACAAUUUUGUAAACUGUAAAGUGAUAUGUAAUUGUAAACUACUGUUAAUUUUAUCUAAUAAUUACAUAAUUUCCAACAGUUAACCUGUCUACUUUUUGGAGUAAAAAAAAAAAAACUUCUUAGCACUUUAAUCAGCCUAAUAGCACAGCAUGCUGUUGGACUGGAUUUUUUUCUCUGUCAUCUCUGCACAUAUACAGGACGUGCAUGCACACUCACACCUAAUGGGUACAAAUGCACACAAGAAGCCCUCCUAUUCAACUUGCUUUGGUGACCAAGUCAGCAGCAUCUUUUUAGUAAUUUUUAAAAAUUUUUUUAAAUCUUUUUUUUGAGAGAGAGACAGUGCAAGCAGGGGAGGAACAGAGAGAGAGGGAGACACAGAAUCUGAAGCAGGCUCCAGGCUCCGAGCUGUCAGCACAGAGCCUGACGCGAGGUUUGAACCCACGAACCGUGAGAUCAUGACCGGAGCUGAAGUCGGCCACUUAACUGAUUGAGCCACCCAGGUGCCCCAGUAAUUAUUUUUUACAAAAAUUAGGAGAUGCCUUUCAUUUUUGUGGGCUCGGCAAACUUCACCUGAAGUUUAAGAUUUUACACUUAAUUAGCUUAAUGUUUGGUGUUGUAGAAUAAGGACAUUAUAAUUCAGUCCCUGACUUAGCAACCCCACUAUCAAGUUCUUUUUCCCAUGGCAGUAGCUCAGAGUUGUAUUUGCAGCAGACAUCAAAACUUUGUUCCUUUUGGAUAAGUGCUUCUACUAUAAAGUAGUAAAUAUACAAAGUAUGAACAGCUGAGCUAUAAAAAAGUAAGUAAAAAAUCAGACUUUUCAUUACCAAAUCUAAAAAGAAGCAUAUUCUAUUGACAACGAGUGGAUUACUGGCUUGAGGGUCACCAAAGGGGAGUCAUUUGUGACUUAGUUCAGGAGACCAGGAAAGUGGUCUGGAUUCCAUUUCACACAGAGGCAGUGUGGGCAGGUGCCUUUUUAGAUAACAUCAUUGGAAACAUGCUUAUCAAAAUUCUGGUUGUUGAUAAGUUGAUAAAUCAGGAAGUGUUUGACACAUACCUUUUACUUUUUUUUUUUUUUUUUAACAUUUAUUUUAUUUUUGAGACAGAAAGAGACAGCAUGAAUGGAGGAGGGUCAGAGAGAGGGAGACACAGAAUCCGAAACAGGCUCCAGGCUCUGGGCUGUCAGCACAGAGCCUGACGCGGGGCUUGAACUCACGGACCGCGAGAUCAUGACCUGAGCCGAAGUCGGCCGCUUAACCGACUGAGCCACCCAGGCUCCCCUACCUUUUACUUUUUGAAGUUGAUGUCAUGAAGACAAAAAUGAUUUUGUAUAGAAUGUCUUUUACUGCCAGUCUAUUUACUAUUUAUUGAGGAGUCAACGUGUUACGAGGUACUGUACAUAUCUCAUUUAAUUCACCAUAACCCUGUGAAGUAGUUAUUAUUCUAUUUUAUACGUGAGGAAACUGAGGCUCAGAAAAGUCAAGUGAUCCGCUCCAGGUCACAGCUAGGCUUAGGACUCAGAUCUGAUUCUGACACUUAGGCUCUUUUUCACUAUUUUACCCCUUAGAACAGUUAGUCCAACCGUAUAUAGAGUGCUUUUGUGUGUGUGUGUGUGUGUGUGUGUGUGUGUGUGUGUGUUUAAUGUUUAUUUAUUUAUAUUGAGAGGUAGAGAGAGAGAGAGAGCCCUAGCUGGGGAGGGGCAAAGAGAGGGAGAGAGAGAGAAUCCCAAGCAGGUUCUGCACUGAUAGUGCAGAGCCCGAUGCAGGGCUCGAACUCACAAACUGUGAGAUCUUGACCUGAGCCGAAAUCAAGAGUUGGAUGCGUAACUGCCUGAGCCACCCAGGCGCCCCUAUAGUGUUUUUUAUAUUCUUAUGGCUCUAAUACUCUGAUGACAAUUAGAAAUAGCCAUGAAAAAUUGGACAGAAGUACAUAAGGCUGUACAGUUUGGGAACAGAAAGAGCAUGCAUUCAAAAGAAAACUGUGUUAGGGGUACAUUCCACUAAAAUAGGUAUCUAUGCAAGAAUAAUACUGCUAAGGAGAGAUUUUAUUUGUGUAUUUAUUAAGGACCAAGAAGAAAGGCAUAAAGCUUCCAUGUGGCAAAAAUCUUAGCAUAACUGGUUCAGGCAACAAACCAAAUAAUGAGGUAAAUUUUAAAUGUUAUUUAUCCAAGGUUCUGUUUAAAUUCAAGUUAGUUAACAUACAGUGUAGUACUGGAUUCAGUUAAAUGUUAUUUUUAAAGACCAAAUUAAGUUAAAAAUAAAUUAAUUGGAGAACUGUAAAGUUUAAAUAGAAUUAAUCAAAAGGCUUUAAUAAAGUAAUUUUAGAUAGGAAAAAUUUAAAGUAAAUGCAUAUUUUGAAAGCCUAGAGUUUUGACUUUAAAAUUUAGGAAAAAGCAUUCAGAUCAAUGACAAGAAAACCUGCCUUCAUGCUUCCUGUGGCCUUUAAAAUGGUAGAUUUGGAAAGAAUGUAAAUUGUGAAAUCAGACUUGGGUUUAUCUUCCCAACUGUGAUAUACUGAACAAAUUAUUUAAACUGAUAAUGAUUAUCUUCAUCUAUAAAACAUGAAAAAUAACGUAUGCCUUUCUGGGUUUGUGCCAGGGAUUAAAUUAGAUUAAAUUACAUAAGUACCUGGCUAAUAGUUAUGUACAUGCUUUUUUGGAAAGGACUGCAAGUGAUAUGAGAUAUAGACCAGAUUUUUAUAUAUUUUUUUAUUUAACGUUUAUUUAUUAUUGAGAGACAGAGAGAGACAGAGCAUGAGCAGGGGAGGGGCAGAGAGAGGAGGAGACACAGAAUCCGAAGCAGGCUCCAGGCUCUGAGCAGUCAGCACAGAGCCCGAUGCGGGCUCAAACUCAAACCGUGAGAUCAUGAUCUGAGCCGAAGUCAGAUGCUUAACCGACUGAGCCAUCCAGGUGCCCCAUAGACCAGAUUUUUAAAUACAAACAAAUUUCAGGAGCGUGUUUGAAUUAUUUCUUGAUAGGGGAAUUUCCUCAAAUUGAAUAUUGCUUAUACUGUUGCCAAGGAGUUAGGAUUUUUAUUAUAAGGAGAGUUUUAUUUCCUUGACAUUAAGUGAUCUUUUUUAGUUUCCUUUUAAUUGGAACAUCCACGACUCCAAAUCUGUUGCAUCUUGGCUCUCCAUGUAUUAUUCUAAUAACUUUCUCUGUUAUUUUUAUUGUUUUCACCCUUUACUCCAUCGUCAAUGUGUUGGUCCUCUGUUCUCUUUCUGUAUGAAUUUUGGAGGAAGGAUUUCAUUCAUAGUCAUUAUUUUUUUACUAGUAGAUUAUGUAAAAGCCAGGCUCUGAAAUAAGACUGGCUUUGAGCCCUAGCUUCACCUGUUAUUGUGACUUUGGGCAAGUUAACCUCUCAGUCUUCAUUUUUUUAUUUGGGAAAUGGGUAUGACAAUAGUUUCUACUUUGUAAAGUUAGGAUGAGUAUUAAGUUAGUGAAAAUUUGUAAAGUUCUUCGUGUGGUACUUUGCACCUACGAAAUGAGCAGUAAACCUUAGCUUAAUAUUUUAAUGAUACUGAUGAUACAGGUGACUUUAAGUCUAUUUCAAACCCUGUUCACUCAUCUAAACUGUGGUCUUGUAUUUCUAAUUGCCCAGCAGGCAUUUUCUUUUAUACCUGACUGCAUUACAUUGGACACAGUCUAAAAUCAAAUCCUUCUGGGGUCCCUGGGUGGCUCAGUCAGUUAAGUAUCUGACUUUGGCUGAGGUCGUGAUCUCACGGUUUGUGAGUUAAAGCCCUUCAUUGGGCUGUCUGCUGUCAGUGCAGAACCCUCUUCAGAUCUUCUGCCCACUUCCCCACCCCUCCCCCAUUCAUGCUCAUGCUCUCUCUCAAAAAUAAAUAAACAUUAAAAAAAAGUUAAAAAAUCAGGGACGCCUGGGUGGCUCAGUUGGUUAAGCAUCCGACUUCGGCUCAGGUCAUGAUUUCAGGUUCGUGCGUUUGAGCCCUGUGUCGGGCUCUGUGCUGACAGCUCAGAGCCUGGACUGUGGUUUGGAUUGUGUGUCUCCCUCUCUCUCUGCCCCUCCCCUGCUCACACUCUGUCUCUCUCUCUCAAAAAUAAAUAAACAUUAAACAAAUUUUUUUUUUAAUAAAUAAAAUCAAACCCUUUUUUCCACAUUGUUGUGUGUAGGUGACGUAGGUGUAUAGAGUAAAUAACCAAAAUUUGCUUCGGUUAUCAAAUACUUAGAAACACCUUAGUUAAUACUGAGUUAAAGUUGCAAAUUAUGUUGUCAGAAUUCUGAGCAAAAUAUUUGCUGCUUCAUGCCACACUAACUUUUUAAUUUGAAAAAUUAUUUCAUUUGGUAUGGAGGACCUUAACUAAAUAAGCAUCCAAAAGGGGAAUAGACUAUUAAUGCUCAGCAGGAAUUCAGAAACAUAGUAAAGCCUUUCUUGUAUCUGUUCUCAUCUGCCUGCUCAUAGGCUCUCACAUGGAAUCUCAAGAGGACAGCUGUUGAUUUGUAAUAUUUUCCAGGCCCAGUGCCCUUUUAGAAACACUGGUUACCUGUUACAUGUUAACACUAGGACACAAAAUUGGCAUUCAAUAAGUAGCUUUUAAGUAAAUGAGCCAAAAGAAGUGCAAGAUAGAAGAUAUAUUGUCGCUGCUAAUGAGAGUUUGUAAAUAAAGUAGGGAUGAUAAUUCCUGAAACCAAUUAAAUAAAAGUCCAUAAACUACAUUUUAUAGUGACAUGUCAGGAUAAGAGAACAAUAACAAAUUGUGUAGAUAUUCGGUAAGUGGAGAGGAAGGCUUUUGGAUUUGAGGGGCUUGAGCUAGACCACCUCGUAUGUGUGCCACAAGAAGCUUUCUGGGCUGAACAUGUAUAAAAACUGCCCCUUUAAUACUAUAAUAGUUCUGCCCCUCAGGAUCAGACUGCUUCUUGCUUUUACUUUGAAAGAGAUUAGAUCCUAGCAAUUCAUUAUAUAAGCCAGAAAAAGGCCGUUUUUAUGUGGAAGUGCACUUUUAUUGCACUUUCUUCUUUAAUAUCACAUUAUAGUUAGUUUGUAUCUGUCUCUAGGUACUUUGCUUAUAGGAGACACCCCAUAGAUGUUUGUCGAAUAAACAAGAGUGUAAGCUCCUAAUGGAUAAGAAUGUGUUAUUUUUUUGUUUCCUCAUGUGCCCUGAAGCAAAUUGAGAUUGGUUCUUAGAGCAUUUAUUCAGUCUUCACUGAUUCUGUUGCUGCAGUUUAGCACACCACACAAUAGGUGCUUGAGUAUUCACUUUCCUCCAGUCCCGCAGUUAUAUUUUGAUGACUUCCCUUUUGACCAGGUCUCAUAUUUGUAGACCAGGUCUAAUACAAAGGUUGAUCUAUAGGCAACAGCUAAAGAGUGAAAAUGAUCACUUCUGUGAAAACACAUAAACACCCUUGCACAGAUUCCCUUGUCUGAGUACUAUUUAAAUGAAAACCUCUCCCAAAGUCAUCAACUUGCCCUGUAAUACACCCAUUUCUGGAGCACCAAUAGGAGAUCCUUGUAGAGGAUCUUUGCCCUUCUCACUCUCCAGGCCUUCCCUACUGUCUUGUGAGAAUUUACUUUCUCUCCAUUAGCCAUUAGUUAAGAGAAAAAGUGGCUGGUGUAGUAUCUGGGGAUAAAUUGCCACAUCCCAUUUCCUUCUCUAU